UGGUUGCAUCUGCCGGGCUUUGACUUUAGGCGGGAACAGCGGCCUGGGUGGAGUCCCUCGUGGACACCGGGAGCGCAGAGGCUGCACGGGAGAGGCUCCGGAGACCCGGGACCUGCUCCGGCCGGGUGUGCAUUCUCAGCUGGGCAGAAGAUUGCGGUCCGGGAGCAGGGAGGCACGAUCCUACUGCAAUUGCACCUUAAGACAAUCACACCCCUCACCACCCAGCCGCGACCACAAGGGUGAGCCGGGAAUCGCCGCUAGAGGAAGCGGAGAACCAAGGAAUCACAGAUUGGACUUCCUGGAACUCAGUGGUAUGGAUACAUUGGGAAAGAUCAUCGCCUUAGGCCAGCUCAUCUAUACAAAGUGUGAAGAGAUGAAAUACUGCCGGAAACAGUGCCAUCGUCUAGGGGAACGCGUACAAGGUCUGCUACAGCCUCUCAAGAGUCUCCAGGAACAAGGAGCCAACAACCUGCCAGAUGACAUAACUGCUGCUCUGGGCCGAUUUGAGGCUGUCCUGGAGGAGGCGAGGCACCAGAUAGAAAAAUUCAGCGAUAAGUCCAAUUUUUGGAAGUUUGUGACUUCGAGCAAUGACAAGAUAAUCUUCCUUGAAGUGAAUGAGAGGCUGAGAGAUGUCUGGGAGGAGCUCUUGCUGGUGCUCCAGGUUGAUCAAUGGAACUCUGCUCCACAUGUCAGCCAAAGAGCAUCCUGGCUGCAGGAAGAUCAGCAGGAUGCAAAGGAGGAUAGAAAUGAGCCUAUUCUAGCAAUCUUGAUGAAGCUAUGUACUGACGUGGAAGAAAUGAAGGAAACUCUGAAGCAACGCUCACUAACACCCACACAGGAGAUCCCACAGGAGCAAAUCAAGGAGAUUAAGAAGGAGCAUCUUCUCAGAUCUCCAUGGACCUUACUGAAGAAAAAUAACCUCAGCACACUUUAUAGAGGAGAGUACCACAGAUCUCCAGUUUGCAUCAAAGUAUUCAACAAACCCCAAAACAGCAGUGGAAUAGUGAGGCACACUUUCAAUAACGAGAUCCAAACCAUGACGAAAUUUGAUUCCCCCAAUGUCUUGCGUAUAUUUGGGAUUUGCAUUGAUGAAGCAGUGAAGCCCCCCCAAUUCUCCAUUGUCAUGGAGUACUGUGAACAUGGAACCCUGAGGGAGCUGCUGGAUAAAGAAAAGAACCUCACAUUGAGUGAGCGCAUCUUCCUAGUCCUGGGAGCAGCCAAAGGCUUGUACAGGCUGCACCACGCAGAAAUGCCUCAACUGCACAGAAACAUCAGGAGCUCCAGCUUCCUGGUAGCUGGAGGCUACCACGUAAAGCUUGCAGGAUUUGAAUUAAGUGAGACACAGGCUUCCAUCAGUCAGGAGGCAAAAACCACUAAAUCAAAGAGAAUCCGUUCAACAGCGUAUUUCUCCCCUCAGAGACUGAAAAAUGUGUAUCAUGAACUUAAAAGAGAAGAUGAAAUAUAUAGCUUUGGAAUUGUGCUCUGGGAAAUUGCCACUGGAAAGAUCCCGUUUGAAGGCUGUGAUUCCAAGAAGAUCUACGAGCUGGUAGCCGAGGGCCGGAUGCAAGAGCCAGUAGGUGAAGAUUGCUCCAAGCUAUUGCGGGAGAUCAUUGAUGAGUGUCGGGCCUAUGAGCCCUCCCAACGGCCCUCUGUGGAUGGAAUCUUAGAGAGACUGUCUACAAUUAACAGAGUUGUGUAUUCAAACCUAACCUGAAGAUUCCCUGGACAAGAAGCUGGAAGAGGAACAAACUGGACAUUUGUCUUUCAUAUAUGUUAGUAUCAAGUGUUGCUAGGUACAAAAUUCUUUUUUUUUUUUAAAUGGGGUUUCACCAUGUAGCCCCCAGCUAGCUUGGAACUUGAUAUACAGAACAGACUAGGCACGAACUCAAAGAAAUCUUCCAGUUUUACCUCCUGAAUGCUUGGAAUAUGGACAUGGUCUACCACACCUGGCAAAGUUCUUAUUUGUUACAAAUAGAAAACAAUUCCAUGGGGCUGGAGAGACUGCUCAAUGGUUAGGAGCACUGGCUGCUCUUCCAGCACCCACAUGGCAGCUCAUAACUGUCUGUAGCUCCUGUUCCAGAGAAUCUGAUACCAUAUAUAUAUAUAUAUAUAUAUAUAUAUAUAUAUAUAUUCAAGCAAAACACCAAU